AUGAGUCACCAACGCUAUCCGUCGAUCGACCCCAAAGAACCACAUUCCGUGUCGCUAAAGGUGCUACGGCUCUCUAGGCCUUCACUCGUCGUUCAACAUGCCCUACCCGCACCGCUCUCUUCCCGUAGCUCGGACCAGAAGGAGACGCCGAUCCCUGCCUCGCUCGCCUAUGCCACACAUGGCGAUACCAACCCCGACUCCUUCCUCCUCGCUCCGAUACUACAGCUACCCCCUUCUUUCGGCUCCGCGUAUGUCGGCGAGACCUUCAGCUGCACCCUUUGCGCCAACCACGAUGUACCGCCAUUCGUCGAACCACUCUCGGCUAGCACAUCGACGAUCACAUCAGGCGGGUUAGCACCUGUCACUUCGCAGCAGCAGCAGAAGAAGAAGUUCACGCGCGAUGUGCGCAUCGAGGCCGAGAUGAAGACGCCCGGGUCCAGCACCGUCCUCAAACUACCGCUGCUAGGCCCGAACGGGAGCCUCGACGACGAGCCCGACGACGGCGAAAGCCACCCCAAAGGCACGGACCUAGAUCCGGGCCAGACCCUCCAGCGUAUCCUCAACUUCGACCUCAAGGAAGAGGGAAACCACGUACUGGCGGUCACGGUCAGCUACUACGAGGCGACCGAGACGUCGGGGCGGACGCGCACGUUCCGCAAGCUAUACCAGUUCAUCUGCAAGGGGUCGCUGAUCGUGCGGACGAAAGUCGGGGGCCUGGCGCCUGGGAGGGACGGGGGCCGCCGCUGGGUCAUGGAGGCGCAGCUGGAGAACUGCAGCGAGGAUGUCAUGCAGCUGUACCGCGUGGAACUGGACCUGGAAAAGGGGCUGCGGUACCAGGACUGCAACUGGGAGGUUAGCGCGAGCAAGAGGCCGGUGCUCCACCCGGGGGAGGUUGAGCAGUGCUGUUUUAUGGUGCAGGAGGAGAAGGCUAAGGAUAAGGCUGAGGUGCUCGAGGAUGAGGAAGGGAGAAUUGCGUUUGGGGUCCUCGGGAUUGGCUGGAGGAGCGAGAUGGGGAAUAAGGGGUUUUUGUCUACGGGGAAGUUGGGCACGCGAGUCGUUAGGUGA